AUGAGUGCAGACCCGUUCGACGAUCUCCUAAGCCUGGAAGACAAAUUCUACGAUGAGGGCUUCCAACUUGGGAGCACCGAAGGCGCCAAAGCCGGGAAAAUAGAAGGCCGCGUCUUCGGGCUGGAGAAGGGAUUUGAGAAAUUCGUCGAGGCAGGAAGACUGCAUGGCCGCUCCGUCGUCUGGGCAGGUCGACUCCCCCAAGACGAUACACCAGACAAGCCAGCCUCCACUUCCGAAGUCCAACAAGGAGAGACUCACAUAGCAGCCUCAAUCCCGCAAGGUACAACAAGCCUACCGGCACUGGCAAACCCACGCCUAGAGAAGCACAUCCGUGUCCUCUACGCCCUGAGCGAGCCGGCGAGUCUUUCAACCAACAACACGGAAGACGCAGUGUCCGACUUCGACGACCGUCUCAAGCGGGCACAUGCCAAAGUGAAGAUCAUCGAGCGGCUAGUUGGGGAGGACAGCUCGCUACUGGCUGGGAUCGGGGACAACCUCGGCCAGCAGGCUGGGGGCGGGAGCGCGGCGGAUAGUAGUAUCGAGGAUGUGAAUAUACUGAAGGCUCGGCAUUGA